AGGUCAAAAUAAACAAUUAUUUCACAUUCCCCCAUUCUCACUCCCUCCUAGAACUCGUUUAACACUAUGAAAAUUUCCGGGAUAUUAACUUUUUUGGCCAUUUUCGGUGGCUAUUCUGUGAUUUUUGGUUUUGCAGCUCAAGAAUUUGGUGGAAUGAGUGAUUGGAUAAGUCACCAUCCCUCGCGUAUCCUUCCACAUCUUACCGCAUCCUGCCAGAAGCAUGAAGCCUACUGCUUAUCGAACAUUGGGCUCACUGCACACUACUUGAUCGAGUUCGCCAGGCUUUUGAUCGAAAUACCCGGAAAAACUGAAGCCAAAUUGAUUAAUGAUUUGGAUAGCCUUACAACUUAUCUGGACAGCUGCAAGGACGCCGAGUGCCUUAUUGAUUUUCAGCAGCAGUUUGGAAGAGAAUUUGAGCAGGCUAUCACAAAGGCUGGAAAUAUCAUCAGAGCUUCUGAAAAGGGUGGUCAUUACGCCAAGGAGAAUGAUUUGAUGUAUGCAGACGAGUUUUUUGGAUAAAGAUUUAUUUUUUACUGUUUUAUUAUUUUUUAAAUAAAGACUUAACUGGAGGCCUGCGAAACCUGCUAGAUGUCGGGCGCUGCGAUU